AUGGGCAUCCCCAACAAUGUCCCCGCCUCGGUGCUCUCGGCCCUGCCCCCUUCCAGCCUCCCUCUGAGAAAUCCGUGUGACUCACGUAUGGUCCCGUCAUCCCCGGCUGAGCUUGGAGGAGGGAGGAGCCCAGCUGGGGCAGGAGGGGGUGUCCCCCCCACCCCCCACAAACACACCGCGGCGCCUCCCCCCGGCUCCACACUGGCUGCCUGCCUUGCCCUGCCUCAGGAGAGGGAGUCUCCACGCGCACCAGCUCCCGCGGCCACUGCGGGACCACGGCUGGCAGGCUCAGCCUCAGAGGUGGAUCUUGAAAGCUUGUUCCGCUGCCUGGCCCCACGCGGGACCUUCUCCUGCUCAUCACCAGGUACCAGAUCAAGGGCUCGACGGCAGGAGGGAGGCGGGACGGGGGUGUGUGCGGCUGAGAGUGGGGUGGCAGUGGAGCGGGGCUCUGAAGUCUCUAGCCCACACAUGAGCAGGGCUGUGCCCCGGGCUGGAGAGUUGCGGGUGGAUGGACAGCCAGACUCUGUGGAAGGGGGUGGAGCCGGAGAGGGUGGAACCUCUCAGAGCCAUUUGUUAGCUGGGGAAACUGAGGCUGGGAGUGGUAGGGUCCCUGAGUCCGGCAAGCCUGGGGCUGCUCCGUGGACGGGAAGGGAGAAGCUGACCCACCGUCCCAGCAGGCUGCAGCUUGCAAACAAGGCGAGCCCUUAG